UGUUACGAGUCCUAUCUGCACCAGACGAUCUAUGCGGCGAAAGCUUCGGCAAAGCAUGCGGCCUUUCAUGGUGAAGUUGUCGUCAAUGGUGGAGUCAACGGUCCUGCCAGUCGCGACCCUAACGCCUAGCAGGAUUCUGCAGCACCACGUCGCACACGCCAAGGCUAAUAAGAAGGAACAACGCCUCGCAGUAACCAAUCGGGCCCAUGGUCAUCAGGGGAAACUCAGUACGGCGGUGCUCAACCAGCAGUACCCGAAUCUGUCAGCUGGCGGAAGAGCUGGCCGAACGGUGAGGCCCCCGGAUGGCUAUCGCCCUCAAGCUUGCGAUCUAAAAGCAAAGAGAAUAUCAUCCUGAGAACAGCCAAACUCGACAUCGUAUUCGCUGCAGAUCUCCUAAUGGAAAUCCUCAAAAUCAAAAAGUCUUCAACAAAGAAUGCCUCAUCAGUUCGGCGACCAAAAAGAACAUCCGGACGCACCACACGACCAAAACGAUUUCAACCUCGGCCGCACUCAGUAGAAGGGUACAUCGGCAAGAAGAUCGGACUGCUUAACGACUUGGAAGAUAUGCGGCUGGUGAAGAAGAAAGCUGUUUCGAAAGGGACCAGUGGGGGUAGAUUUAAGAUUAGUUUUGUUUGAUUUUGUUUUUUUCUGUAGUUUAUUUUAGCACACGCUAAGGCAAGUUGGCAAUCUUCCAUUAGUUUUUAAGACUAGCUAGCAUCCCUAGCUCUGCAACCCUCGUUUGGCAUUCUCCAAACCACCGAUCUCUGUCCAGGUCGUGACUUCCACGGCGGAUAUCCUUUGCAGGCCCGUCCAAGUUUAAAUAUAGAAUCUCAACGAGGGGAAGCGGCCACAUCAGGGAAUCUUCCGUUCAACCUUCUCCGUUUUUUACGAUUCCUUGCAUUACUCGUACUUGUGUUCUAACUAUCCGAAUUCGUUCAUUUUCGCAGCUGAUGAGGUAAUAUCUGACGAAGUUGUUCGCUCGAGUUUUAGCUAGUAUUGACCAUGGUCCGCGUAGGAGAUUCUUAAGCAAUGGCCAAUCGCUAACGAAGAGGUCGACGAGCGUGAAUUCCGACAUCGGCGACGUUGCUACAGUACAAGCUAUUUACUGACCGUGCUUGGUCUUCGGCGACUUGCUUCAUGAUUGAUGACUGUUUACCAUGAUUAACCGCUCGUUGAUGGUGUUGAAGCAAAGCUGAUGGCUGUCCCCAAACUUACGCCUCUUGACCUAACCUCCGGCGUAUGUUCCGGAGUGUGUUUACGAUGGCUGCUGGAUCUUUUUUUAGACUGGGAGAAAUCGUCCAAGAUCGGUGACAGGAGGGAAGGCAUUUCCAUGAUGCAUUCGUUCAGAAUAUCGUCGAUAAACUUUGCACACGACCUCGGGGCAGUUAACACGGUCGUCAACACUCCGGAUGAAGGCGAUUCUGGAGUGGCCUUUUCGGAAAAGGUUUUGGCUGGAGCGAAAACUGGAAAAGGUUCUGCGGUACUGUUGGUUGGCGUUUCUUUGCGUGCCAUGAUGAUUUCCGGAAGUUGUAAACCGCAACCUCCCGUGGUCAGGACAGGUCACCGGGGAAACCUUCGGAUGUUUCUUCGAUGUCGACAUUCUUGUGCGUUGUUUUUCGGGCGAGCCUUUUGAGUUCGUCUGUUUUUUAGCAGCAGCACCAUCGUAUUCUGGAUGGAAAUAGACACUGUGUAGCGUGGAGGUAAUCCUGCGUAGACGGGACAGGUACAGUUUUCCUCUUCCGUCAUCUGGAAAAGUGGUCCAUUAGGAUUCGCGGCCGUUCCGGAAAAGCAAAAAUAAAUUUGUCGCAGCAACCACAACAUUUUGUUUGUUGUUUUGGCAUU